AUGGAGCUUCUGAGCUCUUUGAAGAAAGAGGACAUUUUGGAUCUCUUCUCUCAUGGCUUCUGUUCCCGAUGCCAGGCUUUUCUCCAUGCUCGAAUCAAAACUCUUCGUAAAAGAAAGUUGGAAGAAACUUCCUCUCUUGAUGAAGGCUUUGAGUCUUCUGGGGAUCAUGUAGUGGACAUGCCCUUGAAUGGUAAUGCUUCGAAUUCAGAGUCUUUGACUAAAAGAAAAAGAAAACGAUGGGAUACUCCGAAGAACUCUUCACAGCAUAGGCUUGAUUCUGCUGCUUCAGUGAAGGAUGAUAACAAACGCGUUCUGGGUUCUUUACCAAAGUAUUUGGUGAGUUGCAAGCAAUCUGAUUUCGAGUUGUUGUUAAAUGAUGGGAUUUGUGAAGAUUCUUCAUUUGAAAAUGGGUUAUCGGAGGAACGAAAGGAGCGGAUAAGGUAUUCUCUGGUUCGCAGUAGAAAGGACUUUACCUUCGUUGAAAGGGUAAAUACGAGAGAGAUAAAUGUGCUCCAGGGGCUUGAACUUCACGCUGAAGUUUUCAAUGCUCUGGAGCAGAGGAAAAUUGUUGAGUGGAUAUACAGAUUGCAAUGGAGGGGACAACAAGGGAAACUUAAAGAUCGAACAUAUUCAGAACCAAGAAAGUGGAUGCGUGGUAAGGGACGUGUGACAAUACAAUUUGGCUGCUGUUACAAUUAUGCGGUGGACAAAUAUGGUAACCCUCCUGGCAUAAUGAGAGAUGAAGAGGUUGAUCCAUUACCACCUGUGUUCAAGCAAAUGAUAAAGAGGAUGGUUAGGUGGAAUAUAGUUCCUUCCUCUUGCAUUCCUGAUAGUUGCAUCGUGAACAUUUAUGAAGAAGGAGAUUGCAUUCCUCCUCAUAUUGACCAUCAUGAUUUUGUGAGACCAUUCUACACUGUGUCAUUCUUGAACGAGUGUGAAAUAUUAUUUGGUUCAAACUUGCAAGUUGUUUGUGCUGGAGAGUUUGCAGGUCCCAUCUUCAUUUCUUUACCGGUUGGGUCAGUGUUCGUUUUGAAUGGCAAUGGAGCUGACGUUGCUAAGCAUUGUAUUCCAUCUGUGUCAUCAAAAAGAAUUUCUAUUACUUUCAGAAAGAUGGACGAUAGCAAGUUGCCAUAUAAGUUUUCACCCGAUCCUGACUUAGUGGGAAUCAAGCCACUUACCAUUUCAUCUUGA